AUGACGUCAAGCGGGGAUGAGCUAGACGCCAUGGCCGAGCAAUUGCUAAGGGUUAACAAGAAGGUUGGUCAGGUCAAUUAUCAUGAUCAAGCCAAGGUUCAUGAGCUUCAAGUCAUGGCUGUUGUUGUUGAUUUGGCUUCUACGUUUGAGUCUCCGGAAGCUGUUCGGGAUGGAUACGGUGGGGCGUAUCUCUCCUUCUUUGAGACCUGUGGUCUUUUCUUUCCGAUCCCGGAGCCUGUCCUUAAUAUUUUAGCGGAGCUAGGUUUGUCGCUUACUCAAAUGUGCCCUAAUUUCUUGAAACAUCUUUUGGCGCUCCUGGUCAAGGCUCGCGAGGACGGUCUAUUGUUUGGCCUCGACAAGCUUCGCCACCUCGUUCUGAUGAAACGAAACAACCCAAACGCUGGGACUUUUCUUAUGUCUCCCCGUCCAGGACGUCAAAUCGUGCAGGGCAUCCCGUAUCGUGAUCAGAACUGGCGUCAGGAGGCGUCUGAGGAUGAAGCGGAGAACUCUCAGGAAGAUGUAGAGGCUUCCGCUAGCUAUCCCCCUCCUUCUGAUAGGUUGGAGAGACAGCUUGCGAGGAGGUCAUUGUUUCGUAACUCCAGGUCGGCGUCGGCAGGCAAGGUCGCUAGCGGGCUACCUCCAAUCCCAAUUCUGGACUCAGAUGAUGAGGGUGCCCCUAGAGUUCAGGGAUCCCUUGUUUCUUUGAGUCCCGGUUUGCAUGACAACUCCAUUGCUGGUAGCCGUAAGCGGCAUCCAUCGUCGAAGGCCGUUAUGCACGAGCCGUCUCGUUCUAUGGGAGAAUCGAAGGGAUGGGAGCUCGUCCUUGAGGGCGAUGGUCAUUUAUCUAUGGGCCAAGGCGAUCUCAUUUCUCUUGCUCGUCGCACAAGGUCCAUGGAAUGUCACCCUCUGUCCCUCGCUUCUGUUGAUGAGGAGGGGGCUUACGCCAAAGUGGUCGUCGCAAGCUCCAAGGAGAGUGAGGUGCAGAAAGGAAAGGCUGAGGUUCAGAAGCUUACAGAGGAGCUUCAGACGUCCAAGGAGGAGGCUAGGAAGAAAACUGGAGAAGCGAUGAUCUUGAGGAACGAAUGGAAAAGAGCUAGUCAGGAAAGGGCAGUCUUUGAGACCGAGGUUGCUGCCCUCAUGACCAAGGUUGUGGAACUCGAGGCCGGUCGUGACCGGGAUAUCUGUAGGAGUUCCCUCGCCGCUCGUUGUGAGGUUGCAAAUGGCUUCCGAGAGGUUCUCACUUCUUUGGAGAAGAGAUGCGUUGACAAGAAGAAGGGAGUGUCCGCUGAGAUUCAACUCCACGAAAUGGUUGCUAACCUCGAUCUUCUGAGUGAAAUCAAGGAGGAUGGGCUGGUUGUAAAAGACGAGAUCGUUCGUCUGAAGGAAAUGGAGAAAGACUCCGAGGCCGCUGCUAAUUUGGCAGCUGUUACGGAUUGGUCGGUCGCGGGUCUUGAUCGUCCUCACCUUUCCAAAGACUCGAUCAUCGAUGAUGAGGCUGCGAACUCAUCAGUCAGAGAAGAAGCUAGCUCUUAG